AUGGUGGCUGUCAGAGGUGGACAGGUAACAGACGACCCAGUAUCCCUCCCAGGCAUACAGUCUCUGCCCUGGCCAGUCCCCUCCAACCUGCCCACCACCCCCUUCCACCUUUCUCCUCCCAACACCACCCCCUUCCACCUCAAACCCCCUGCGGCCUUCCUCCUCCCAUCACCAGCCCCCUCCAACCUUUCUCCUCCCACCACCAGCCCCCUCCAACCUUCCUCCCCCCACCACCAGCCCCCUCCAACCUUCCUCCUCCCACCACCAGCCCCCUCCACCCUUCCUCCAACCCCCUGCAACCCACCUCGUUCCCCUCGUCUCCAGUUCCUCCUCAGUCUCCUCCCCUCCCUCUCCUCUGGGCUGAUAUCUGGCGGGCCGUCUCUUCCCCCCAGUGGCGCGGGCCUUCUGGACAGAGCAGAUGGUGAGAGCGGACCGGGAGGAGACGUCCUCUAA